AUGAAAUCUAUUUCAUCACAAGACACAAUAAAAGUAUUGAAAAAAAUUUUUUCACGAGCCGGAAAUCCUGCUAGUAUAACAGCCGAUAAUGGUAGACAAUUCUGUAGUCAGGAAUUCAAAACAUUUUGUACUGAACAAGGAAUAACGCUUUUUAAUACGAUCCCUUACUGGCCUCAGCAAAAUGGUGAAGUAGAGAGGCAAAACAGGGAUAUCCUUAAACGACUGCGAAUAAGUCAGUGCGAAAAAUCAGACUGGAAAGAUGAUUUGUUAAAAUACCUAAUGAUGUAUAACAGUACUCCUCAUCCUUCCACAGGAAAGUCUCCAUCCGAGCUGUUCUAUGGAAGACAAUUCAGAGACAAACUACCUUUUUUAACGGACCUCGAAAAUAGUUAUGAUGAUCAAGAAAUAAGAGACCGGAACAUAGAAAGAAAAGAUAAAAGCAAAUUAAACGAAGACAGGAAAAGAAGAGCUGUUGAUAGGGAACUAGAAAUAGGAGAUAAAGUGUACGUGAAGAACUUGAUAAAAGAAAAUAAAUUAGUUUCAGAAUUUAACCCAACCCCCCAUACUGUUAUUAGCUCCAAAGGCAGUGACAUAAACAUAAAAAAUGAUGAAACUGGUCAGGAGUACAGGAGGAAUAUCGUACACCUUAAGAAAGUGGAAGGUCAAUGGAAAGUUGUUGAUCAGGAUAAAGAAGUUCAGAUUGAUAAUUGA